AUAGUCUUACUGCAGGAGUAAAGGGGUAAUAAACUGGAGGGCAGACGUCUCUUCUCUCCUCCUCCGCAGUGCACUUGCAGCUUAGCAGCACUCCGGGCAGGACUGUCUUCUCCACCUCCUCCUCUUCCUCUUCUUAUUCUUCUUCCUCUUCUUCUUCUUCUGUGUGGGGUACUGUGGUGUGGACCGACGGCUUCCUCUGAGUCCAGUCCAGAGGUGAUGGUGCGGACGCCUGGAUAAAAGUGGGAAUACGAUGAGCACUCCUGCUGUGCGGCUCUCCUCCUCCUCCUCCUCCUCCUCCUCCUCCUCCUCAUAGCGCUGCCUUCUCUGCUCUUCUCUUCGUUUGUGCGGGACUCCAGCGGGCGACGCAGGAUGACUUCCACCUGGUCGCUGGUGAUCGUGUGCGCUUCGGUGGUGUUGGCGUCGGCGUCUAAGACGGAGCGGGCGGUGCAGGUGCCCUGCGAGACCGGCUUGUACGCUGCCGACGGAGAAUGCUGCGAGGAGUGUCCGCCCGGAGAGGGCGUGGUGAAGAAGUGCGGCGCCACGCAGACCGUCUGCGCCCAGUGUCUGGACAGUGAGACCUUCUCAGAGAACUACAGCGCGUCCGAGCAGUGCCGGCCCUGCACCGAGUGCACGGGCCUGAUGCGGAUGGAGACGCCGUGCACCGACUCCAACGACGCCGUCUGCGUCUGCGACUACAACUUCUUCUUCGACGCCAUGUCGGGCGGGUGCGAGCCGUGCACGGUGUGCCCGCUGGGCCAGGGCGUGUACGCGCACUGCGAACACGCCCACGACACGGUGUGCGAGGAGUGCGUGGACGACACCUACUCCGACCGGGAGAGCUCCCUCGACCCCUGUCUGCCCUGCACCAUCUGCGACGAGGCCAGCGAGACGGAGGUGUCGGCGUGCACGCCAACCGGGGACUCCGUCUGCCACAAUCCUCUCUCCCCAACAUAUUUCACUUCCACCUCCGACAUGGACCCGUCUCCACCCUCCUUCACCAAUUACUUCCCCCCGGAUGGCUCAGACAGCCCGUUGCCAGGAGAGACGACCACUUCCAGCGCUGGCUCCCCGCGCUUCCUCGGCCACGGGCUCAACGAGAACCUCAUCCCCAUCUACUGCUCCAUCCUGGCCGCCGUGGUGGUGGGCUUCGUGGCCUACAUCGUCUUUAAGAGGUGGAACAGCUGCAAGCAGAACAAGCAGGCGGCUAACAACCGCGCGGCUACAAGCAACCAGAUGGUGACACCGGAGGGAGAGAAGCUGCACAGCGACAGCGGCAUCUCGGUGGACAGCCAGAGUCUGCAGGAGCAGCACCAGCAGGCCCAGGCCGACGUCCAGGCUCAGCUCACACACUCACGCACACAGGAGCAGAUCGUGGUGAGAGUGGAUGGCGGCUCCCAGCCGGACUCGCACCCCCCUGAAGUCUGAGGAGGAGGUGGA